GUGCUCAGAAAAAGGCUGCUGAACAAAAAACCAAAGUGCCAGAACCUAUUAAGACCAGUUUAAGCCAGCCCCAACCUGCCGGUACCGGUACCAGUACUUCCACCAGCACUAUUACCAACAGCAGCAAUGGCAAACGUGCAUCUGCUCCUGGGCAGCAGCCCGCUGCGUCCCGUUACCUGCCCCGUGAGGUGCCUCCACGCUUCCGCCAGCAAGAACAGAAGCAGCUCCUAAAGCGGGGGCAGCCACUGCCAACUGGGACUCUGAGCAGCACCAGCCCAGCACAAGGUACUGGACAAGCAGGGGCCAGUCCUCCUCCACAGCAAGGAGCAGGUGGACAGCAUCAUCCCAGUAAGACCCAACCAGAUCUCAGCCACAGUGGAUUGGGAGACCAUUAUGAGAAUUCCCACUGGGGACAGCAGCCCACUUUCAGGAGUGAAGGCAACUGCAGCUGGGAUAAAGUGAUAAUAGACAGGACUGACAAGGAAGCGUGGCCUUCCAUUACCGGAGCUGAGACUGAGUCUGCCUCAGAAUGUACUACAGACACUGACUCUGCCUCCAACUGUGGCUCAGAGAACAGUAGCAUGGCUACAGGGAGUGCCCAAGGCAACUUCACUGGACAUACAAAGAAAACUAAUGGCAAUAAUGGCGCCAACGGAGCACUCGUCCAAAGCACUUCUAACCAGAGUGCCCUUGGAGCUGGUGGAGCAAAUGGUAAUGGCAACUCAGCCAGAGUGUGGGGGGUGGCUGGGGGCUCCAGCUCUGGCCUAGCUCACUGCUCUGCCAGUGGUGGGGAUGGAAAGAUGGACAACAUGAUGGGAGAUGGUAGAAGUCAGAACUGCUGGGGUGCUUCCAACUCGAAUGCUGGCAUUAAUCUUAACCUUAACCCUAAUGCCAAUCCAGCUGCCUGGCCUGUACUUGGACAUGAAGGAACUGUGGGAGCAGGCAACCCUUCCAGUAUUUGCAGUCCAGUCAGUGCCAUAGGUCAGAACAUGGGCAACCAGAAUGGGAACCCAACAAGCACCUUAGGUGCUUGGGGAAACUUGCUGCCGCAAGAGAGCACAGAACCACAAACGUCCACUUCUCAGAAUGUGUCUUUCAGCGUACAACCUCAGAACCUUAACACUGAUGGACCAAAUAACACUAACCCCAUGAACUCUUCACCAAACCCUAUCAAUGCAAUGCAGACAAAUGGACUGCCGAACUGGGGGAUGGCUGUUGGGAUGGGGGCCAUCAUCCCGCCCCACCUGCAAGGCCUUCCUGGUGCUAAUGGAACAUCAGUUUCUCAAGUCAGCGGGGGCAGUGGUGAAGGGAUGGGCAGUUCAGUGUGGGGGAUGUCCCCAGGUAAUCCUGCCACAGGAAACAGCAAUUCUGGGUUCAGUCAGGGGAAUGGAGACACUGUGAACUCAGCAUUAAGUGCUAAACAAAACGGAUCCAGCGGCGCUGCGCAGAAGGAGGGGAACGGGGCGAACGCGUGGGAUUCGGGACCUCCUUCUGGUCCUGGGGUACUGGCGUGGGGCAGGGGUGGUGGCAACAGUGGUGUUGGUGGCAUGCAUUCUGGAGCUUGGGGCCACCCCAACCGGAACACCAGUAAUGGUGUGAACGGGGAAUGGGGCAAGCCCCCAAACCAGCAUUCCAAUAGCGACAUCAACGGGAAAGGAUCAACAGGGUGGGACAGCUCCAGUGUUACCAGUCCCAAUCCUGCCAUGCAGCAGGGCAGUGAACAAAUAAACUCUUGGGCCAAAGCUGCAGCCUCUGGCACCACAGCUAGUGAAGGAAGUAACGAGAGUGGUGGGAGUCAAACUGAAGGCAGUACCGGGAGGGAGGGGGCUGGAGAGGGCAGGAGGAGAGACAAAGGGAUGAUAGACCAAGGGCAAGUUCAGUUGCCAAGAAAUGACCUUGACCCCAGGGUCCUGUCCAAUACGGGGUGGGGACAAACCCCCGUAAAGCAAAACACUGCCUGGGAAUUUGAAGAGUCCCCAAGGUCUGAGCGAAAGAAUGACAAUGGAACAGAGGCCUGGGGUUGUGCAGCUACUCAAUCUUCAAACUCAGGGGGGAAGAACGAUGGGUCCAUCAUGAACAGUACAAAUACCUCUUCAGUAUCUGGGUGGGUCAACUCUCCACCGGCAGCUGUUCCAACAAAUACAGGUUGGGGAGACAAUAACAACAAAGCACCAAAUGGCCCAGGGGGGUGGGGAGAGUCAGCAAGCUCUACUACUGUUAAUAAUGCUGCUUCUGCCAAAAGCGGCCACGCGUGGAGUGGGACCGCAAAUCAGGAGGACAAAUCACCUACCUGGGGUGAACCUCAGAAACCCAAAUCUCAGAACUGGGGAGAUGGACAGAAAUCAAAUCCAAGCUGGACUUCAGGAGGUGGAGAUUGGACAGAUUCAUCAUCUGUUCCUGGACACUUGGGUGAGGGGAAGAAGAAUGGAUCUGGAUGGGAUUCUGACAAUAGAUCAGGGUCUGGUUGGAAUGAUUCCACGAGGUCUGGGACCAGCGGGUGGGGAAAUGGCACAAACAGCAAGGCUAAUACAGGUACAAGUUGGGGGGAAUCUUUAAAGCCAAGCCCCCAGCAAAAUUGGGCUAAUAAACCCCAGGACAACAAUGUGAGUAACUGGGGAGGAGCUGCUUCUGUAAAACAGACGGGGUCAGGGUGGGUUGGUGGGCCAGUGCCAGCCAAACAAAAAGAGAACUGUGAGGCAACUGGCUGGGAAGAGCCAUCUCCACCGUCCAUUCGCCGCAAGAUGGAAAUCGAUGAUGGUACCUCAGCUUGGGGCGACCCAAAUUACAACAACAACAAGACUGUAAACAUGUGGGAUAGAAAUAACCCUAUAAUUCAGAGCAGUACCACAACCAACACCACCACCACUAGCACCAUUAUCAACACAAAUAUGGUUGAACCUCAGCCAUCGCACCAGUCAAGUGCCCAGCCAAACCGGUCCCCACUGCUUGGUCCAGCAGGCUGGGGAGAGAUGCCUACUGUCCACACAAAGAGUGAAGCUUCUUGGGGAGAGCCAUCAUCCCCUUCUGCUGCAGUUGAUAAUGGCACUUCAGCAUGGGGGAAACCCCCCAGCAGUGGUACAGGGUGGGGAGAGAAUCCUGCUGAGUCAGCAGGGACAUAUGGAAGAACAAAUGCUCCAGCUGCUGCCCCAGCACUGUGCAAACCAGCUUCAAAAUCUAUGCAAGAAGGCUGGGGCAGUGGUGGGGAUGAAGUGAAUCUCAGUACUAGUCAGUGGGAAGAUGAGGAAGGAGAUAUGUGGAAUAAUACUGCUUCACAAGAGAGCAGCUCCUCCUGUAAUUCCUGGGGAAAUGCCCCGAAGAAAGGACUUCAAAAGGGCAUGAAGACAUCUAGCAAGCAAGAUGAGGCCUGGAUCAUGAACCGUCUGAUAAAACAGCUCACAGACAUGGGCUUCCCUAGAGAGCCAGCGGAAGAGGCCUUGAAGAGCAACAAUAUGAAUCUCGAUCAGGCCAUGAGUGCUCUGCUGGAAAAGAAGGUGGAAAUGGACAAGCGUGGAAUGGGAGUGACUGACUACAAUGGAAUGGUCACCAAACCCCUUGGCUGCCGCCCACCACCAAUCUCCAAAGAGUCUUCCAUGGACCGCCCCACCUUCCUUGACAAGGAUGGCGGCCUAGUGGAAGAGCCCACUACUUCACCAUUUUUGCCUUCACCAAGCCUGAAGCUCCCCCUUUCAAACAGUGCACUCCCUAAUCAGACCCUGGGCGGGAUUGCCUCAGGGCUGGGCAUGCAAAACUUGAAUUCUUCUAGACAGAUACCGAGUGGCAAUCUGGGUAUGUUUGGCAAUAGCGGAGCAGCACAAGCCAGGACCAUGCAACAGCCGCAGCAACCGCCAGUGCAACCUCUUAAUUCAUCCCAGCCUAGUCUUCGUGCUCAAGUGCCUCAGUUUCUAUCCCCUCAGGUUCAAGCACAGCUUUUGCAGUUUGCAGCAAAAAACAUUGGUCUCAGCCCUGCACAGUUAACCUCGCCAAUUAAUAAUCCUCAGCAUAUGACGAUGUUGAACCAGCUCUAUCAGCUGCAGCUGGCGUACCAACGUUUACAAAUCCAGCAGCAGAUGUUACAGGCUCAGCGUAAUGUUUCCGGACCCAUGAGACAACAGGAGCAGCAAGUUGCACGUACAAUCAAUAACAUGCAGCAGCAGAUCCAGCAGCACCAGCGCCAGCUGGCCCAGGCCCUGCUUAUGAAGCAGCAGCCUCCCCCUCCACAUCUAUCUUUGCACCCCUCUGCAGGCAAAUCAGCCAUGGAUAGCUUUUCACCCCAUCCCCAGGCUCCCAGCCUACCUGACCUGCAGACCAAAGAGCAACAGUCUUCACCGAACACCUUUGCUCCUUACCCUCUUGCUGGACUGAACCCGAACAUGAAUGUAAAUAACAUGGACAUCACUGGUGGUUUGUCAGUGAAGGACACUUCUCAGUCCCAGUCUCGCCUUCCUCAGUGGACACACCCCAACUCAAUGGAUAAUCUCUCGAGUGCUGCUUCUUCUCUUGACCAGAACUCCAGCAAGCACGGUGCUAUACCUGGAGGUUUAAGUAUUGGUCCUCCGGGCAAGUCCUCCCUUGAUGACUCUUACGGCCGGUAUGAUCUGAUUCAGAACAGUGAAUCUCCUGCCAGUCCACCUGUAGCUGUUCCUCACAGCUGGUCACGUGCCAAAACUGAUAGUGAUAAAAUUUCCAAUGGCUCCAGCAUAAACUGGCCACCAGAGUUUCAUCCAGGAGUGCCAUGGAAAGGUCUGCAGAAUAUUGAUCCUGAAAAUGACCCUGAUGUUACUCCUGGAAGUGUUCCAACUGGGCCAACCAUAAACACCACGAUACAAGAUGUUAAUCGCUAUCUUCUCAAGAGUGGAGGGUCAUCCCCAACAUCAUCUCAGAAUGCCACGCUGCCUUCAUCGAGUGCCUGGCCGCUUAGUGCCUCCGGCUACAGUAGCUCUUUCAGCAGCAUUGCAUCUGCACCUAGCAUUGCAGGUAAAUUGUCAGACAUCAAGUCUACGUGGUCCUCUGGCCCAAUCUCUCACACACAAGCCUCUCUAUCCCAUGAACUAUGGAAGGUACCCAGAAACACUACUGCUCCUACAAGACCACCUCCAGGCUUAAACACCAAGCCAUCAUCUACGUGGGGUGCCAGUCCCCUGGGUUGGACCAGCUCUUACUCCUCUGGUUCUGCAUGGAGUACUGACAGCUCAGGGAGAACAAGCAGCUGGCUGGUUCUUCGAAACCUCACCCCCCAGAUUGAUGGUUCCACACUGAGGACACUGUGUUUGCAACAUGGCCCUCUGAUAACAUUCCACUUGAACCUGACACAAGGGAAUGCUGUGGUCCGAUACAGUUCCAAGGAAGAAGCAGCCAAGGCCCAAAAGUCUCUGCAUAUGUGUGUCCUGGGAAACACUACCAUCCUGGCCGAGUUUGCUGGUGAGGAAGAAGUCAACCGUUUCUUAGCACAAGGCCAGGCACUGCCACCCACCUCCAGCUGGCAGUCCAACACUGGAACCACCCAGAACCGCCUGGGCUCCUCCAGCAGCUCCCACGCUUUGGUGCGCAGCGACGCCGGGCACUGGAACCCCCCCUGCCUGGGGGGCAAGGGGAGCAGCGACCUGCUCUGGGGGGGGGUACCCCAGUACUCCAGCAGCCUUUGGGGACCCCCCAGCACCGACGAUGGCAGAGUCAUUGGGAGCCCCACCCCUUUGAAUACUCUUCUUCCAGGUGAUCUUCUCAGCGGGGAGUCCAUCUAGGAAACGAGAGAGAAACAAAAUGGAAAUAACAAUCAUCAGCACUAAAGGAAAAAAAAAGAAAAAAAAAGUUAAAAAGUUUGUAACCCUUUCCAGUCCCGGGCUUGAUGAAGAAUCCAGCUUUAACAGAUCAGACUGGCAGCCCUUUUUGUUGUUUUUUUUAGUACCUCUGUCCGAUAUUGAAUAUGAAACUGCAGAAGUCCUUGUGAACUGUUGGUGAAACAGUAUGGGCUCCUUUGGGUCAGUGUCACAUGCUAAUGACAGGUUUUAUUUUUUUGUUUUCAUGGCUUUUUGUUUUUAUGUUGUCUUUUUAUGUUUGUAUGGUGAUUUUUCAAAACCAAGUAUAAAAAAGCUGCUUAGAAUAGGUCUAUCAUGAAGGGCACUUUUCAGAAUUUGGGCUGGAAAGGGUUAUUUUAUCAACUGGGAAGGGAGGGAGGGGGGAGGGGGAAAUGAAAGCCUAUUUAAAAUGAGCCUGUGACUAUUAUGCACAUUACCAGAGGCGGACCCAAUAAUCAGAAAGGGUGAAGUGUGAUAUUUUACCAUUGGUACAGAAAGCAACGACUCGAAAUGGUGACUCCUGACUGUAGAGGUUGAGCUGGGGGGGGAGGGAGGGCAGGGUCGGGGUAAUCUCUGUGUCCACUACUCCCAUGGAUCUGCCUAUGCACAUUACCCUCGUUUCAUUACUUUUUCAUGUCAUUUUUUUUAAUCCCAAAAAAAAAAAAAAAUAAAAAAAAAAAAAAAAAAAAGGAAAAAAAGAAGAAAAAAAAAAAAAAAAAAAAGAAAAACAAAAAAAAGAACAUAUCAACAUGCAAAUACUUGAAUCCAGCAGGCCAAUAACAAAAUGUGAACACUUUCUAAGUCUAAUUAUUACACUUCCAGGUUGGCAUCAGUACACAAAAUACAGGCUCUAAGAAUUAUUCUUUUGUUUUUUCAAGUUCAGACUCUAUGUUUUUGUUGGAACAGCUGUCUGUAUGUCAGUGAGCUUGUGUGUGUGUGUGUGUGUGUGUGUGCCCACGUGUGGUUUAACUAAAAGCGUGAAGUUUUUUCCUUUUUAUUCAGUAUAUGCUUUUUAUUUGCUCAUUGGUCAAAUGUUUAAUUGUUAUUAGCUUCUAACUUUGCACUGAGUGUCCGCAGCCCUUCUUGUAGCUAAUCCUAUAAUGUUACAAAGAAAAAAAAAAAAGAAAAAAAAAAGAAAACUGAUAAAAGGGGCCGGCGACAAUUCACGUGUAAAUGUUUACUCAAGGACUCUUAUUGCAUUUUAAAAAUUACAGUGUGUAUCUCUGGAGAAUAAUAUGUAUAUCUACCUUUAGCAGCUUUUUAUCGUGGACUAAUGCAAGAAAAUUAUUACCGGAGUAUUGCACCAUUUUUCCAUUUGGAAGAUAAAAGUUUAAACCAGAAUUACUCUUUGUUGAACUGUGGCCAUAGAUAAUUGUAAAGAGUGGAUAGUUCCCUUGCAAGCAGGAACAGAAACAAGCACUUGGACAUAGGUUUUGACUGCUUUUGGAGGAGCCAGGAGUUUUGGCUCCCACCUGUUUACAGACCUUUUUUUUCUCCUUCAAACUUUAAAAUAAAAAAAAAAAAUGGAAUUUAAAAAAAAAA